AUGCACGUCGGCUCGUCAGCCGUGCUCACCGUGACGCCGGCGGAGAAGGCGCUGCUUUCGUCCGGGCUGCCCUUCGCGCGCAACAAAAAGGCCCCGACGCCGCAGCAGGACCGCCUCGACAGCAGCGGCAACAGCGGAAGCAGCAGCCACCGACGAAUCCCGGCGGUGGAGCCGGUGCCGCCGCCGGCGCAGUGUGCCGUGGCCGCGGAAUGCCACGAGGCAGACGAGACACCAAACGACUACACAUCCUUUGAGUCCUCCGUUGACUCGGCCAGCGGCAAAGGACCCAAGGAGCGUCAUCGCAUACGUUCGCUCUGCGACUUCCUGGAACGUUACAAGAUACGAGGUUGCCUAGGGCAUGGAAGUUAUAGCGUCGUUUUCGAGGUCGUUAACCGCAAGACGAAGGAGCGAAAGGCGGCGAAGUUUAUCGUUGCAAAGGACACACCGCUCGCCGGAAGGAAGAGCGGCGGUGAUGCCAGUGACAGUGCUGCCAAGGGAAAGCUGGCAAUUGGGGGUGGGCGGCGCAUCAGCAGCGGCGCCAACUCCGCGUCUAGGAGGCUCUCUGAGUCACUUGUGAAGGAGAUCGCCGUCUCUUUCAUGGCAGAUCAUCCCAAUUUGGUGCACACGACUGAAGUCUUUGUGGAGGACGUGGAAAACUUGCACCGACGCGUGUGGCGGUAUAACUCACAGCUCUUCAUUGACUCCUCCGUGUCUUCCAGCGUCUCUGCAAAGCGCAGGAUCAAGCAGGAGCCCGUCCUUCUUGUGACACAGAAUAAUACCGCGCCACCUCGUCGUUCCAUGUUGUACGAUUCUGCUACUGUUAGGAAUGUUGCAAGUGGUGGUGCUCCGGAGCAACGGCAGGGGGUGCUGCCCGCCGUGCCCGCGUCUUCAGCGUUGGUGGAAUCCACCACUGACACCAAUCAGUCCGCUAUUGUGAAUGCGAAGCGGCAACUGCAGGAGGGACAGGUGCAAUGCAUCCUUGUGAUGGAACUGCUGUCCGGCCAAGAGUUAUUUAAUAUAGUCUCUCGGGGCCCGAUCAAUGAGGCAAGGGCGGCGUCCUAUAUGAUGGACUUACUCUUGGCUCUGCAACAUCUUCAUUCCCAGCAAAUUGUUCACCGUGAUGUAAAAGUGGAAAACAUUGUUGUUGAUCUCCAGAACAAAGCACGCCUCAUUGACUACGGGUUUUGUGAGGGAUAUCAUUGGUCUUGCAAGACGACCGCAGGCGGCAGCGGGAACGCACGCAACGGGGGAGAAGACAGGCCGUUAACGGAGUUCUGUGGAUCCUACCACUAUGUUGCCCCGGAGGUUAUUCGGGCCUCCAUGCGGUCGCGGCUGUCGUCGACGCCAAGCGGCCCCAAGCCACCCACCAGCUGUGCUGGUGUGAAGCUGCCUCCCAUAUUCACGGCAACUGGCAGAGUUGUGGGUGGCAACGCAACGACCCCGAACGCGGUAGCCGAGAAUGAGGAGAACAGGCGAGAGAUGCAGUCGGCCGCCUCCAUCCACACGCUGAGGAGGCUCCUAUCGCCUGGAAAUGUGGGAUACGGCACACCAGUCGACUUGUGGUCGGCAGGCGUCGUGAUGUUUGUCCUCCUACACUCCAACUUCCCCUUCCAUGACACAAGCCGCUCGAAGCUACUCAAGUUGAUAAGCUCGGGGCGACAACCGGUGCGACCGUCACCGCUGCUCAGUAGUGAUGCCAAAGACCUCCUGCGGCAACUGCUGACGCAUGACGCCCGUCUUCGGCUGACGGCGGCGCAGGCCGUUGAGCACGCAUGGUUCAAGCAGCUGCUCAGGAAGGGGGAAAUAACGAGUGCCGAUCCGUUUUAG